UUUGGCAUCUGACAUUAAAGCUCACCCCUUCCAACAUGGCAGGGGCGACUCCAGCAGUGUGACCGGACCUCAUUGUUGGUGAUCUGACUCUCUGUGAACAGACUGAGCGGAGUUUAACCAUGGAUAUCCUCCGUAAUAUCAGGCACUGACUGACACGCUUUUUGGGGAGUUGUGAAAAGGAGCAAUCGUACAUCUGUGGUGGUGAACCGUUAACACAUCCAUCAUGACCAAAGAGGAGGAGAUUCCUGACUGGAUUGGAGCCAAGGAUUUCCACGACAAGUAUGAGCCCAAGGAGAUUCUGGGCAGGGGGGUGAGUAGCGUGGUGCGUCGCUGCAUUGACAAGCGAACAACUCAGGAUUAUGCGGUAAAGAUCAUCGACAUCACGCCCUCUGAUAAGAUGACUCCGGAGGAGAUCGAGGAGAUCAGAGAGGCCACGGUGAAGGAGAUCGACAUCCUGAAGAAAGUCUGUGGACGGGAGAACAUCAUUCAGCUCAAAGACUGCUUCCAGUCCAACGCAUUCUUCUUCCUGGUUUUUGAUCUGAUGAAGAGGGGUGAACUGUUUGACUACCUCACAGAGAAAGUCACUCUGAGUGAGAAGGAAACCAGAAAUAUCAUGCGUGCUUUGAUGGAGGUGGUCCAGUUUCUUCACGACCAGAACAUAGUCCACCGGGACCUGAAGCCCGAGAACAUCCUUAUGGAUGACGACAAGAACAUCAAGCUCACUGAUUUUGGCUUCGCUGUGCAAGUCCCGGUUGGAGAGACUCUCAAAGAGGUGUGUGGGACUCCUGGUUACCUUGCUCCUGAGAUCAUCGAGUGCUCCAUGGACGCAGCACAUGCAGGAUAUAGUACAGCUGUGGACAUAUGGAGUUCAGGUGUCAUCAUGUACACGUUGCUCGCAGGAUCUCCACCAUUCUGGCACAGAAAACAGGCGCUGAUGCUGCGCAUGAUCUUGUCAGGGAGCUACGAUUUCUCAUCUCCAGAGUGGGAGGAUCGUUCAGACACGGUUAAAGAUCUGAUUUCACGGAUGCUGGUGGUGAAUCCAAAGGAGCGGUUCACUGCAACAGACGUGCUCAACCACUCGUUCUUCUCGCAGUACGUGGUGAAUGAAGUGCGACAGUUCAGCCCGUACAGGCGGUUCAAGGUCAUCUGCAGGACUGUCCUCGCCGUAAUGCGCAUCUACUGCAACUACCGCCGUGCCAAGCCCGUCACCAAGGAUGUGAUCCAAAGCGACCCCUAUGCCGUCAAACCUAUUCGCAAGCUCAUUGAUGCCUGCGCGUUCAAGAUCUACGGCCACUGGGUCAAAAAGGGCCAAACACAAAACAGGGCAGCUCUUUUCGAGAACUCUCCAAAGGCCAUUUUGUUGUCCAUAGCUGCUGAGACGGAGGAGCAUGACCAGCACAUCUGGUAACAACUCUGCAGGAUCCAAUGAACUGUUUAAAUAUGAAAGUUAAUUUGAGCCUGAUCUGCUGACUCAUAUUUCAGAGCAGCACUUGUUACUGCGAGUAGUGAUUUCUUAGUGUUUACUGCAAUUAACUUGUGCCACUGUUACCCACUUUGCUUGUUGUAUGUACUUAGCCCAUUGCACUGUGUAGCAAGCCAUUAAGUAAAUUUAGUCAGAGACGAUUUCUGUUUCACUAUGACAAUACACAUAUCCCAAAGGCCACCAUUUUAUAUUUCUUCAGUACAGAAAUUUUAAUGUACAACUCACAAGUUUUGGGGAAAAAUAAUUUUCUCUUAACAGAAGACUGACCUCUGAAACCUUGAUACUUAAAA